AUGCCUCCAUCACGCAGAACCCGGGUUCGGACAGGAUGUAUGACCUGCAGAACAAGAAAAGUGAAAUGCGACGAGUUAAAGCCCUUUUGCGACAAUUGUAAACGCGUCAACAAGGCUUGCGUGUACCAGCCACCGCAAUUCAUAGGCUAUUCACAGAAGAGUCCUCCAGCGGAGCAUUGUUUCAAUGGCGGCGCCGAAGCUCAGUGGCAAUCUCCGAGUAAUUCUAACUGCCGUAUUAGUUUGCCCACAGAAGACGGAGAGGCUGACGAGCCGAGUCCCAAUGGUCCUAUAACUCCGCAUAUAUCAGACCCUCUCAUUGAUGGAGAUGCGGGCUAUCCCGACUUUUCUUGGGGUGAAUGGGGCGAUCCGUUUCCAGCAUCUAGCUUCGGGGCAGAAGCACAGCAUCUUCUACUACAAAGAAGUCCAGAGCAGAGGUCCCUCCCAAGCGACAUCUUCCCAAAUCCCAGUUCAACUUAUUCGUUCUUUUUAUCCAAGGUUGACCCGCCUUUCAUAGCCCUGUGGGACUCGUUCAACUGGUGUAUUGCGAAGGGUUAUCUAGCUCAAUUGGCAACAACCACUCCAGCGAUUGCGGCGGCGAUACAGGCUGUUGAAACACUAUACAAAAGUCUUCUGGAUGGCGAUGAUGUAUCUCCCGGCCUAUCACAAUACUUCGCCGCGAAGACUCUCUACCUAUCUCUGCAAGAUGACCUAACAUCUGAUAUGGAAUUUGUUCUCUUCACAGCCUUCUUGCUGUCGUGUUUUGAAGUUGUUGUCCAACAAGAAACGAUACCAACACUUCUGAAACAAGAAGGCAUGCUAAUAAAGCGACUUGAGGAAUGUGCAGAGCCUCAAACUUGGUCUCCUUUGGCGCGAAGGAUAAUCUUGUGGCUAUAUCUUUUCCAUACUAAAGCCAUGCAUCUAGGAGGACGGGGCAUACUCAGCCCAAAGGUCAUCACGUUACUUCGGAAAAGUCACCAUAUUUCAUCAUUAACGCAUCUACGAGUCGGACAUAUUAGUAUGAAUGAUGCUGCCAACGAUGCAAUUCAGCAGGCUCUUUUUCACUUCUACUUUGAGUUGCAAGAUAUCAGCCUUCAAGUGUCCUGUCUCAAUCGGCACCAUCGAUCACGAGGUACUUUGAAAGACGAGACGGACGUCGACAACAUUUCUCAAACAUUGGAAGAGCAGCUUCAAUACUUAUGGCAGGGUCGUCCUGUCUUUAUCGACGCGGUCAUAGACGAGGGAGACUGGGGGGGUGGAGACGGCAGUCCAGUUUCCGAACUGAAGCUCGUAGCUAUUCUGUGCCGCAUAUGCUAUCAUGCCGAGCUUAUAUACCACGCGCGCGCCUAUGGCAGAUCUCAACCUCUUUCAUCCCCGAUCCUUAACGCACGAGCAGCUAUCAGACAAGGUAUUGUGCGCGUUCCCGAGGGACAAGCUCUUCAUCCGGCGUUUAUAUGGCCAUUAUUCAUGUAUGGCGUCGAAAUCACGGAUGCUACAGAACUAGACUGGGUGCUGGACAAAUUGAAGGGCAUAUCAGAUCCGUGGUGGAAUUCUAAAGUGAUUACAGACCUUGCAUCUGGCGUGGGCAGGGAGCAGCUGAAAAAGAGCGAGCGGGUUGAUUCACGAUACUUCUGCUUAGAAAGGUUUGGAACUGUACCUCCAUAUAUGUAA